GUUCGGGGCCCGGGGCGGGGGUCCGGGCAGGGGUCCGGUGCGUUUCCAGGGCUUUCCCGAAGAAAAUGCACGCAGCGUUUCCUCUGGAUGACGGCCUUUGCUUUCCCUAGGACCCGGCAGUUAGGCUCUGGAGUGUGUUACUGAUUCAUCCUCUCUCUGCCUCUGUCAUCGCAGGUUUAAACUUAAACGAUCGCUCCCCGAGGAGGAGGGGACCCGCCGCGCGAUUGACAGUAUAUUCCUGCAGGCGCCGUCCCUCAGCCCCCACCCCACGGCCGGAUUCCCGAGGCUCUGCUCAGGGCUGAAACCGGAGAAGAAAUCCUUAGAUCUCUUUUCUUUACAACAAAUACGAACCUAGAAACCAUCGGCAUUUUGCCUUGGCGUUUCUAUUGGAAAGAUGAAGAAGUUUUUCGACUCCAGGCGGGAGCAGGGGAGCUCUGGCCUGGGUUCAGGCUCCAGCGGAGGAGGGGGCAGCAGCUCAGGCCUGGGCAGUGGUUACAUCGGAAGGGUCUUCGGCAUCGGGAGGCAGCAGGUCACCGUGGACGAGGUGUUGGCGGAAGGUGGAUUCGCUCUUGUCUUUCUGGUGAGAACAAGCAAUGGGGUGAAAUGUGCCUUGAAACGUAUGUUUGUCAACAAUGAGCACGACCUCCAGGUGUGCAAGAGGGAGAUCCAGAUCAUGAGGGACCUAUCAGGGCACAAGAACAUUGUGGGCUACAUUGAUUCUAGUAUCAACAGUGUGAGCAGUGGCGACGUGUGGGAAGUUCUCAUUCUCAUGGACUUCUGCAGAGGAGGCCAGGUGGUAAACCUGAUGAACCAGCGUCUCCAGACAGGCUUUACCGAGCAUGAAGUGCUGCAGAUAUUCUGCGACACCUGUGAGGCUGUGGCCCGCCUGCAUCAGUGCAAAACUCCCAUCAUCCACCGGGACCUGAAGGUUGAAAAUAUCCUCUUGCAUGACCGAGGCCACUAUGUCUUGUGUGACUUUGGAAGUGCCACCAACAAAUUCCAGAAUCCACAGGCCGAGGGAGUCAAUGCAGUAGAAGAUGAGAUUAAGAAAUACACAACGCUCUCCUAUCGAGCCCCAGAAAUGGUCAACUUGUACAGUGGCAAAAUCAUCACUACGAAGGCAGAUAUUUGGGCUCUUGGCUGUUUAUUGUAUAAAUUAUGUUACUUCACUUUGCCAUUUGGGGAGAGCCAGGUGGCAAUUUGUGAUGGAAGCUUCACAAUUCCUGAUAACUCUCGAUAUUCGCAAGAUAUGCACUGCCUUAUUAGGUAUAUGUUGGAACCAGACCCUGACAAAAGGCCGGAUAUUUACCAGGUUUCUUACUUCUCAUUUAAACUACUCAAGAAAGAAUGCCCAAUUCCAAAUGUACAGAACUCUCCCAUUCCUGCAAAACUUCCUGAACCAGUGAAAGCCAGUGAGGCAGCUGUAAAAAAGACCCAGCCAAAGGCCAGACUGACAGAUCCCAUUCCCACCACAGAGACUUCAAUCGCACCCCGCCAGAGGCCUAAAGCUGGGCAGACUCAGCCAAACCCAGGAAUCCUUCCCAUUCAGCCAGCCCUAACUCCUCGUAAGAGGGCCACUGUUCAGCCCCUACCUCAGGCUGCAGGACCCAGUAAUCAGCCUGGACUUCUAGCCAGUGUUUCCCAACCUAAAGCCCAAGCCACGCCCAGUCAACCUCUUCAGUCAUCUCAACCCAAGCAGCCACAAGCUCCACCUACCCCACAGCAGACCCCAGCUACCCAGACCCCAGGUCUGCCCACCCAGGCCCAGGCCACUCCCCAGCACCAGCAGCAGCUCCUCCUCAAGCAACAGCAACAGCAGCAGCAACAGCCGCAGCAGCCUGCAGCACCACCGCAGCCAACAACAGGCACCUUUUACCAGCAGCAGCAGCAGCAGCAGCAGCAGCAGCAGCAGCAGCAGGCGGCUCAGACUCAGCAGUUUCAGGGAGUACAUCCAGCAGCCCAGCAACCAGUCACUGCUCAGUUCCCUGUGGUGUCCCAGGGAGGCACUCAACAACAGCUGAUGCAGAACUUCUACCACCAGCAGCAACAGCAGCAGCAGCAGCAGCAGCAGCAGCUGAUGGCUCAGCAGGCUGCUCUGCAGCAGAAGACUGCUGUGGUAGUACCACAGCCUCAGGCACAGCCAGCCACAGCCCCACAGGCAGCCCCUGCUCAGGAGCCUGCGCAGAUUCAAGCCCCAGCGAGACAACAGCCAAAAGUUCAGACAACUCCACCUCCAACCAUACAGGGCCAGAAAGUUGGAUCUCUCACUCCUCCAUCAUCCCCCAAAACCCAACGUGCUGGGCACAGGCGGAUUCUCAGUGAUGUAACCCACAGUGCAGUCUUUGGGGUUCCUGCCAGCAAAUCAACCCAGCUGCUCCAGGCAGCUGCAGCUGAGGCCAGUCUCAAUAAAUCUAAGUCUGCAACCACCACUCCCUCAGGCUCUCCACGGACUUCACAGCAGAAUGUCUCUAACGCUUCAGAAGGCUCCACAUGGAAUCCUUUUGAUGAUGACAACUUCUCCAAACUCACAGCUGAAGAGCUGCUAAACAAGGACUUCGCCAAGCUUGGGGAAGGAAAGCUCCCUGAGAAGGUUGGCGGCUCUGCGGAGAGUCUGAUCCCAGGCUUCCAGCCGACACAAGGAGAUGCCUUUGCCGCUUCCUCGUUUUCUGCUGGAACUGCUGAUAAAAGGAAGGGGGGGCAGGCUGCGGACUCUGGCAUCCCACUUCUGAGUGUGUCUGAUCCCUUCAUUCCUCUUCAAGUCCCUGAUGCUCCAGAAAAAACUGAUGUUGCUGUUGAGAGUCUCAUACCUGGACUAGAGCCACCUGUUGCCCAGCGCCUCCCAUCUCAAACGGAAUCUGUGACCUCGAACCGCACAGGUCUCCAGAGAGAGCCCAGUCCUUGUCCUGUAAUUACUGUAGAGCACUUUAAAGAAUCCGUGGGCACCAAAGGCCUCCCCCUCUAUCCAGAUCCCUGCAGAGCUCCUGGUCCAAAGACUCAGAACGCCUUAGAGUCUGAUUCUCUGACCCGAGAGGGUCCUUCCAGCAACAGUUCCUUCCACAGCAGUGAGGAAGAGGGCACUGACCUGGAGGGGGACGUGCUGGACUGCAGCGGGUCUCGGCCUCUCCUGGAGUCUGAAGAAGAGGAUGAGAGUUGCAGGCCUCUCCAGGAGAAGCUGGGGGAAGCCACCCUGUUCCCUGAAUCUGGAGUGUCCACCGAGCCAGAAGAAAGGGGGCAGGGCGGGAAAAAGAGCCAGUUCUCGCCAGUCAGCCAGCCAGCCUCAGAUGAUCUCGGGGAGCCUGAUGUCUUUGCCACAGCCCCCUUCAGGAGCUCGCUGGUUCCAGCAGACGACAUGGACAUUUUCUCCAAAGCCCCUUUUGUUUCCAAGGGCAGUGUAGCUCCUUCCCAGACGGAGGAAGUGGAUGUGUUCUCCAGAGCUCCUUUUACCAAGAAGAGGAGCAUGGAGGAGUUCCUGGCUGUGCAGGGCUCCUCACAGGAUUCGCCGAUGCAGGCCAACCUCAGUCAGCCCGGCGAAGGGCCCCUGCUUGCAGGCCGAGAUAGAGCCAUGUACACUCCUGCACAGGCGCAGUAUCCUGUGACUGGCUUUGCGCCGCAGGCUGGCCUCUCCUCCCACUCUGUCCAGGGGACAGACCAUUUUGACAGCAACUCUCCCAGGGGAUCUCCCAUGAACUCUGGGGGCCAUCCUAAUGACAGAAACAGAGGACUGCAGCCCCAGAAAGAAGCCUUCUCAGGCCCAGCAGCUGGCAAGCCAUUCCGCCCCCAGGCUUUAUCCAAAUAUUCUCGACACUAUAGCCCAGAAGAUGAGCCAGGUGCAGACGCCCAGCCCAUUGCCGCCUACAAGAUUGUCUCACAAAGCAACAAGCAGCUGCUAGCUGGCUCUGUGUCUGUCACAUCCCUGUCCUCCAGGACUACAGAGCUGGCCACCGCUGAUCCUUUUGCUUUAGCUCCCUUUCCUUCAAAGGCAGGCAAACAGAAACCCUAGGAGCAGAGACGAGCCUGAGGCCUGCUUCCACCCACUCCACCAGCACCCAUCACACCACCCCUGACUGGCCUUUCAGGGAGCAAACCCCAUCCACUGUGACCUUGCAGUCCCCUGCCUCAGAGCAGAAUCACUUCAAGGCAAUUAGCCAAGUUGCCGUGAGACCUGGCAGGCUCCUUGUGUUACACUUACUGCUUUUUUUUAUGUUCAUGCCCAGGCUUGUAGGCGCCUGUGUCACCUUCGUAGAGGCCUUCCACCGCACUCAGAACGGAUUUCUUUUCUGCCCAGAAACCUUUUCAAUCCAGGAAUAUUUUACCCCCAGAUAACAGGGGCUAUAUUGUACCAUGACUUUGAAUUUUUUACAGCUCCUGUUGGAGUCACAUGCAUUGAAGAAUUAAGAUUGAUCCCUCCAGGACCCAGCAAUACUCUUGGAACAGAGAGGUUUCUAGAAAGAAGAGCAAUACAAACCUACUGCACAUCUGGCAAAGUGAAUCUUUCAGCUACUCAUCGUUCAUUCCUAUGGAGCCAGCAGCUUGCAUAAUACUCUGGGAUCUGUCACCGAGUCUGUAGGAGCCACGUGUCUGGGUGCAUAUGACUAUAAGGUGCACAGAGGUGGGGAGAAUGCUCUGCCUUCCACGGUCCACUUUGGAUGAGUGUGGCCGCUUGCGUGCUCAUGCGUAUGAGAAACCUUUGUCCUUAGAGUGAGCCCAUCAUGCCUACCUCCAUUAUCCAAUCACUUGUUUUCGUGCAUUUGCCUGUUGACCUGACUUGAACCUUGGCUUUAUUCAAUUUUUCUUCUCAUGGUAGAAUUGAAGUUGUUGGACAAUUUGGGGCAAUCCUGCUGGAACUGAGGUGUCAGUGAAAUUUUUAAGUUACAUUUACCUGGUUUUGAAAAAUCAAUUUUCUCAAACUGGACAUGGUAGGUACCUCAUGACUGUAAUCCUAGCACUUGGGAAGUUGAGGCAGGAGGAUUGCCACAAGUUAGAGACUAGCUGGGCUUAAUACUAAAUUCCAGGUCUCUAUAUCUCUACACCCUCUCCUCCCAGCCAAAAUAAGUCAUCGGUCCUUGUGUUUCCCUGGCAACAGGGGAAGAGAAUCUUCAGAGGUCCAGCCACUGGGAAUCCUGCCUGGGUACCAAUGUUGUAAAAUUCAUUAAUCAGGAGCCCAAGCCACAAGCUAAGUUUGCCUGGUAUUUCCCCAAACCCUUCCCAUACACCUCUACUGCCUCUUAAGUGGGUACAGACCUAAGACCUAGAAGUAAACUGAGAAUGGAAAAGAGUUGGUCAGUUGUCCUUGCAAAUCUUUCAAUGAUCUGUUCCUUUCAGGUGGUAAAGUAGAGCAGACAGGUGACUGGCUGCAUGUUGAGAAGUGUGUUUAUGUCUGGACGGCUCUGACUCAUACCUAGUGUUUUUCACGCCCUUUAUUUUUACUGCCUUAAAAUAAGCCCUGACUCCAUGAGGGCGUUCCACUGGGAAAAGAGCUGGCACCAACCCCAUGUGCACACUCACUGAUUCUCACAGACACUUCCUCCACUCGCCUGGGGACGUGUGGAGAGCUCUGUACCAAACUAGAUUAGUGGUGUAAAGAUUGCUAGUAGCUAGGCACGGCAGUGUACCACUGCAAGCAGGGCACUCAGGUGGUGCAGGAAGAAGGGAUUCCAGGGCAGCCUAGACUACAUGACACACUGUCCCAAAAGAGAAAAAGAAUUACUGAAAAUCCCUCCAGGACUGAAGCCUGAGGGCCAGGCUGCACUUGCGAUCACUUAGUUGUUACAGCCUUGAAAUUUGAAAGUCGGGGCUUGGGUGCACAACUCAGCAGAAGAACACAUGCUUAGCAUGCACAACGCCCUGGGGUCUAUCGUCAGUACACGAAAGCAACACAGUAAAACUGAGAAGUCUUGACGAUAACAUAAGAAUGACUACUUUUUGUGGUGUCAGGGACCUUUAACCCUAAGGACUUGUGAGGCAAGGACAGGUGGAUCUCUGAGUUUGAGGCCAGCCUGUCUACAUAACAAGUUCCAGACCAGCCAGUAAGUGAAACCCUGUCUUUAGAGAGGGAAAAGGGGCUAUUUUCCCCUACUUUUUUUCUUAGCAUUCUCCACCUGUUUAAAUAACAGUCAGUGUCUCGGACCCAUAGCAGCGCCAUCUGAGGACUUGACCCCACCAGAAACCUGCCUUUCACUUCAGUAAAGGUUAAAUGUUUUCUCUAGGAAUUUUCUUUCUCACAAUUAUUAUUUUUGAACUUUCUGUAUAAUAGUGGAUACAAAAUUGUCUUUCUAUUAAAUAAGUAGUUUGACUAAUGCACAUGGAACUUUGCUACCAAACUUUCCACGCUUGUCACCAGAUGAAGUCCUCCAAGGCCCAUGCAGAAAGGAUGGAGAUGUUCAGAGAGCCCUUGCUUGAUGUCACAGCUCCUCCCCGGUUGCAGCACAUACCAGUAGUCCCAGCUGCUUAGGAGGCUGGGGCAGAAGGACAGCUUGAGCCCAGGAUCUCUUGGCCAGCCUUGGCAACACAGAAGGGCCCAUCUCUUGAUGAGAAACUGUAAGGUCAGUUUCAAAAUGCAAGGUCAACAACACCUCAACAGCGCUGCAAACUGUUCUUCCUUUGGUUACUAGAUUGCUCCAUCUAAUCAGUCAUUUUAUCUGACAAGGUCCAAAUUAGAAUAAAAUCAUGGAUUCUUUAUCUUAUAUAGUUUAAUCAUUUGUGAAGUGUGGGCUUGGGGCCUCUUUUUAUACUGAGUGGGAAGUCUAUCUCCAUCUUUGAAUAGAGAAUGAAUGUGACCACAUGCAGACUGGUUUUCUUACAUAGUGAUUCAUGAAAAUCUGACACAUAACUGGACCAAUGAGUUCGGAAGGAGGUGCUGGGAAGAAUCUGGAUUACAGGAUCAGUGUGUAAUUUGAAGAUCGGGUGUCUUUCUUUGUGGGAUGCCAUCCUGAGUGGAAAUCCAGAGAUGUUUGUUUUACAGGGAAUUACAGUGCUUAAAAAUCUGUGAGUCAGUAGCAAGUUCCCAGUGACCGUACUGUAACAACUUACUAAUAAGGAAGUGGAAAACAUUGUCAACAGUGUACUGCACUUUGUUUUAUUUUCUGCUGUGUGUUCGUCACUUUGUAUAUUUCAUAGGAAACACCAGAGAUUUUUGGGACUUUUGACUUAGUAGGCAGAGAUGAGCCAGAGUAUCCUUAGGAAAUGCUGUACGCUGUGUCAUGUACUGAUGUAUCAUGUACAUUAGUAUCAUGUACUGAUGAACUCCUAAUAUGAUGUGCAGGCUGGGAGCAUAGCUCGGAGGUGGAGCCAGGCACAAGCGAGGCCCCAGGUUCAGCCCUAUUAACUGAUGAGCACUGUUAACAGAGUUAACGUAGCUGUUUCUUAGGCUUACAGUACAGCUCUUUAGCAUCAAAUCCAUGGUUAGAGUCAAAACAAAUGAAUAACGAAAUGAGCCUCUGUGGCAUGCCGAGUCAAACGGAUUAUGAAUUCAAAUCAGUGCUAGCCCAGGCAGCUUAGCAAGAUCUUACUAACAGACGUUAAAGCGCGUUGGUUUAUAGUUAGUUGGGAGAGUGCUUACCUGGCAUGUUCCCCAGUGUGUGUGCGCAUAUGUGUGUGUGCGUGCGUGUGUAAAACAGUCUUCUACUCACUAACCCAUGGUAUGUCUCAGUUUCGUCUGGCAACUGAGUUCUUCUAAAUGGUUAAGAAAAUGCUGCCUGAACAGCUUGUUGUAUAUUUAUGUGUUGGAGUCUCUGCUUGUCAGUGUUUUCAGCUAGUCUUCACUGGUGUGUGAAAUAUUAGAGUGAGCUGAUAAGAAAUUCUGUAUUUUUAUUUUGUAAAUGAGAAUAAUCAAAGCGUAUAUGAAAUUGUAUGAUAUAUAUGCAUUGCUUCAAAUAGGAAACUUAAAGUGGAAAACCAGGGACCAGGAGAUGCCGUGCCCUCAGCAGGGACCAGUGAGUGGGCAGUUUCCAGUGGAGUCUACUUGGGUUCCUCAGAUGUAGAGACAGCACCGUCUGUGGUGCCUUUGGCAUUCAAACUUUAGAACACAUCCCAGUCAACUCCAAAAUGGCUGCUAAUCACAGCAUUUCUCUCAGCAUCCAGGUCAUUUUGGUGGAAGGUGGUUAGCAGGAGUGUAGUGUGAGGCAGGAGCAUGGCCACCAUUUCCCAGGCCUCCAGUGCCUACCUAAAAUAAUAAACACUGGAGUUAUAAGUAGAAUCAUGUCAUUUUGAGUUUUUAGUUUUUGAACCAUAGUCUUUGUCAAUAUUUGUUUUGUUUUAACCACCAGAACACUUGAAAACUUAGUAAAAACUUCAUUAAAGAAAAGCUUUUAAACUGUUUAAAAAGUUGUGUCCAGUUGUAGGUGGUUCUGCUCUGUCCCUGGAGAUCUCUGUGUUCUCUAGUCCCGUUCCUGUUCUCCCUUAAGUAUUCCCGCAGUGUUCUCCUGUUCUGACCAGACCAACCAGCGGUGCCCAACAGUCAGGCUCACUCAUGGCUGUGUCCCUUGCUGCUGCUGCUGUACAAUGUCUGCUUAGGGCUCUGGCCAACCUUGACAAUCUAACAGUGAAAUGGAAUAAAGGACAGAGAAUGCUGGUGGGACCCAGCCUUCCUCUGGAGAUGGAGAGAAGCUCUUUCCCUGAUCUUGCCUGGCUCUAGAGUGAGUGCGUAUGUGAGAGGGCCUUAGAAUAGCAAAAGUAGCUAAGUGCUGGCCCUGGGGACAUAGGCCUGUGAUGGGACAAGAGGUUCGAUCUGAAUUCAAGGCCUGCCUGGGCUGCAUGAGAAGACCUUGUCUACAUGUGGCUUCGGCCAAAGUGUCUGUAAGCUGUAAUUUCACAGGUUUUGUCAGGUGUAUUUCAGCAGCCUUUGGCUUCAGCAAGUGUGCCAUAGUUGUGACUUGAUGGUGAACAGUGAGUGUGGGCUGUGCUGCCUUGUGGUAGAACCAUGUGUGUAUUCAUCAAAGGGAUCAGAUUCCUUUUGUCAAGGAAUUUCAGAAUGGAUUUCUAAACACCAGUCCAGGACAGGUCAGGGUUGGCUGAUGUCACAUGCUUAGACUGUGUGAGGCCCUUGUCCAGUCCCCUGCACCUUCACUUUGAGACAGUAAAAUCCUUCCCUUCAGAAAUGGUGACCCUGCUGUGUUCUGCAAGUCUACCAAAGAUUCUUGUGAGGAGUUUCCCAGCGUCUGUGUGCACAGCCAUGCACCCUCCUGCUUCCUUCGUGGUGUUAACUCCAGCCCUUCCAGUUAGUCAUCUAAAGAGGGCUAAGACAGGACCACAGGCAGCUGGCACAAGCAAGUUCCCUUUGCCAAAAAAACAAACAAACAAAAACAAAAGCAAAAAACCCAACAACAACAAAAACCCUCCAAAGUUAGAAAUGAAGUUGUUUGCAUCUGUGGUAAGGGAAUUGACCAGACAUUGCUUCAGCCUUCUUUCCAAGUAAGCACCUUCUUGUGGGUAGCACUGGGAGGACAGUGGUGACCUGCACCACAGAGCUUGCAAGACAUUAUUUUGAAGGGAGCAUUUGAUGUCAUUUUUAGGGAACAAAAACCAAAUAACAGAGGCCAAGGACCAUGUGUAUUUCAAGGAGGGAAGAUGAGCGCCCUCUGCUGGCAGUAUUUGGAGUUGAUUGAGUGAGGAGCUCUUAAGCAGCCUGGAAGGAGUGCUGAGGUCUGCAGGCCCCAGGAAUCCUUAACAUGCAAACAGUCUUGAGGGGAAACCAGAAGGUCAUUCCUAGCAGUUAUUGUAAUACCUCUCAUUGCAGGCUGUUGGAUUUAUGUUGUUCACUUGGUGUGAUUUAUCUUAUGUAUCUGAUAGUUUUUAUGGAUAAUUGUUUGGGUUGUAAACUCCUAUACUCUUUAUUAAAUGAACCUAAUUAAGAGGCUAA